AUGCCAGGACUCUUACUGUCGCUCAACGAGGAUGUUCUCUUCAUGAUAUUCUCCUUACUCAUAACACCAGAGGCCCUUGCCGUUGCCUGCUGUUCCAGGGCUGCCUACCGCCUCGCUAUUCCCCAUCUCUUUUUCAAGAUUCGUGCGAAUGGAAAGAGUCCUCCCAUCGACGAUCAGCCUCGACCGGUCAAGAUCUGCUCGCUGUUGCUCACCUGCGAGCCGGGCUCCCAGGUCCCUCGAGUCCACUACCUCCGUCAAUUUUCCAUUCAUGCCGGGCCAUUUUGGCCACAGGAAUUCUCUCCGCUCUUCGCCAACAUACUGCUCCAAGCAGUCAAUCUUAGGUAUCUUCUCGUUGAUAACCUCGAGCGAUUCAUUCAACGAGAACCCCGUUUUGGCGAGGCGAUCGGUGCCAUGUCUCGACUUGAGGAACUAGCUCUCUUCGGGAUGGGGACGGUCGCCGCCACCUCUCUCCCAACCAUGCUCCAUAGCUGCAAGCUCACCCAAUUACGCCUGGAAUUCCUUCGGGGUGGCUUCGAUCUCGACUCCAUCCUCUCCACGCUCGCCUCCGUCCGAUCCUUGAACACUCUCAGGCUGUCUCUCCCCCGUAUAUUCUCUGUAUCAGAGACGCCUUCCGUGGACUUCAAACCGCCAUCGGUCCCUCACCUGCGCCUUUCCUGCUCACCUUCGCUUUACUAUUCCGUGACCUCCCGCUUCCCUGCCCUCAUCACAUUCACCGCCAAAACGCGCUUCAAAAGCCUCAAUAUCACUUCCGUGCCCGCCGUCACCGUUGCGCCGCUCGGCGGCCGUUGGCCUGCACUCCGAAAGUUAACCUUUAAUUCACGCACGUUCCUUCCUUCGGAGUUUGUUCAACACACGGAGAACAUCCCGAAGGUGGUGAUCAGCUCGCCCGUGUCCAGUGGCAGCGCUUUUGUCAAAUUCAUCCCCCUCUUCCAAGCUGCGCGCCCAGUCGCGCUCGAACUCGAGACCAGCAGCGCCACUCCUUCCCCGGAGGACAUGUCGCUAUGGGCGGACCUCUGUCGCGCCGCACCCCAGCUGCGCUCUCUUCGGGUCGAGAUGCAUUUGAGCGACUUGCAAACGAAUUUCGACGACUUCGUGACACCGCUGCUCGAUGCCCUCUCAUCCAUCGCCCUCCUCCACCUGUCUCUCUUGCUUCGGUUCCGUCCAGUUAUAGACCUCGUGGAGAUGGAAUGGAUCACCGCCGCGCGCACGGGGGAGCUACGCCGCCUCGACACUCUGCACGCGCUACCGCCCGUGAUCGCAAACAGACUCCCGACGCUUCUCGUACUCCGCCUGGAGCCCUUCUCACCCUCGCUGUUCACCAUGAGCGAGGUGAUGCGUGGGUGGAAUAUGCCUUUGAUUCGGCCCGACUUGACGGACAUAAUGGACGCGGAGGCGCGAGGAACGGACGCCUCCCCCGAGCUGUCGAAAUUACGGACUCUGCGGAACGAAUGCAUCCGUGACCAACGCUGGUGGUGGAUCGGGGAGGACACCAGCGGCCACCGGAGACCGGACGAGAUGUGGAGAGAAGACGGGAGACGGGCGCGUACGAUUAUCGGCAGCCCCACUUUCGAUGCACAGAAGAGUCUCGCAGGAUUUUUCACCGAAAAGAUUCGCUUUGAGUCCUAG